CAGCCCUGCUUGGCGCGUAUAACUUUGUUGAUCAGUCUUAGGUCUGAGAUUUGGACCUUUAUCUUAUUCAUUUCCUGAAAUUGUACUGAUUGUGUCAAAAUGGCUUUGGUUAAUAUUUGUGAUGUAACAGUUUUAAAUAACCCAACAUCUUUUUUAAAACCUUUUCAAUUUGAGAUAACGUUUGAAUGCCUCGAAGAUCUACCUGAAGGUAAAACUAGCCUGACUUGACUUAAACCGUAGACUUUGUUAACUUAGACUUGGUUUAGUUAAUAUUUUUAGUAAUUUAGGCCUAAAACUUAAUAAAAAUAAAUUAAAUUUAAAAUUUUUAUUAAAUUAGGCUAACGCCUAGGCCUAGACAAGUACUACUAUUUCUUAGUAGUCAAGUAGUGGAAGUAUUAGUAAUAGGCCUUGUAAAGAGGUGUAGACCUACUGUGAGCCUAUUUAUUAAACUAAUUUUAAGUGGCCUAAAGUUAAUUAAAGAAGACUAAGUAAGGUCUUUAUUUAUAAAAAUAUUUCGGGUACAAAUAUUUCUACUAUUAUUAGAAUCCUAGUUCUAGUAAUUCAUUUGCUAGCUAUUCUAUUACUAAUUACUAUUCUAGGCACAAAUCAGAGUAAAAAGUAGAGCUAAAACUAAAGUCUAAAAACCUAAAUCUAAAUUAACUAAAUUUAAAAUAAUGACGACUCACUAAUUUUACAAAGAAAUAAGUUGUGUUAUGACAUGUUCGUCAGUCGAAGUCGACUAGGACCAUAGAGUCAUCCGGUUAGAGGGGGAGGGUGGGUUAGUGUGAGCUCUUACACUUGCUAGCUGCUAGACCGAUCCGUGCUCGGAAUAAUCUCUGGCACCGCGGGCAUGGGAUAGUUGCUGCAGAAGCAUGUCUCAGCUGUGGUUAUCCUAUUAACUUCAUGGGAUUUAGCCUCCUUCUUGACAGCUGCUCUCCACCAGGCUCUGUCCUGGGCUGUCUGCACCCAUUGAGUAGGUUUGUUGCUGAAGACCUUUAGGGUAGAUACUUUGGUCAAAAAUGUAAACAUUUUUUAAAAAAUCAACCAAUGGCACAGUUGAAUAGAGCUAAUUUUAAACAGAAUUAUAACACCAAAAUCAUAUUUUUAGCUGUUGUAGUUUUAAAGUUAUGAAUUUUUAAAGUACGACUUGGUUUGUCCUUUUUUAACAUGGACUGCAUCUCCACAUUCUGUGACCUCAUUCCACUGAUCGCGUCAUGCGCAAUGCCUAUAUAGUUUAUAUAAGGCAACGCAUUCCCUAUCGCUAAAAUACUGUUUAGGGUCGACUUAUUUUAAACUUUCAACUUUGGCACAUGAAUAAUUAAUAAAAGCUUUCCCUGACCAAUGGUUUAAUAGCUUUUGCACACGGCAAACUCUUAUGAAUGAAACUCUGAGAUAGUACUACGACGUAGCCGUUAUGCAAGUGGCUGUGAAUGGUUGCCAAUGACAACGUGUUGCACAGGGAAAAUUCUGAUCAUUUAUAAUAUGGACUCUGCAGGGUUUUUAAAGCUCAAAUUAAAACAUUUCCAGUUUAAAUGUCUUCAAAAUGCAUUCUGAAACACAAAAUAUAAAAUAUUUUGAUGUAUAUAGUGGUAAUAAUUAAAUAUUUCCUAAGUAUCGGCAACUUCCGCCAUUAAAAAGGGGGCGUGGCCCACGCCAUGUCGAAAUUUGGCUGAGCCACCUUAUGGUGAUAUGGGUCACUGUGACAAGUGUAACAAACGUGAGACACGACCUACAUCAAUGAAACUUGGCACAGAUAUAGAUCAAUAUCUAAUGCUCAUACAGAUUUAAUCAAAAAGGACCUUAUCUUAUUAUUUCACAAAAAAUUUUGUAUGCGAAGAUGCCUUAUAUAUACCAAAGAUUUUCAAAAUAAAGGUCGAUUGAAAAAAGCAAAAUAGCUGGCUAGAAAUGUAGGCCAAGAUGUCUUCCAAAUUAUAAGGCCGGAAACGGAACUCAAAUCUAUGUGGAAAGAACUAAUUUAAUAAUAAAUAGACACACACAUCGGAAAAUUAAAAACUCGGAUUUUUCGGCGCCGACGCCCAUUUCCGAUACAAAAAAAAUAGUAGUCUCCCUUGUUUCAUCGAAGUAUCUACCUUUAGGGCCACUUUCAAUGAGUCUUUACAACCCUUUUUUUGGCCUCCUUGGGAGCGCUUGCCUAUUAUGAGUUCUCCGAAGAAUAUCUGUUUUGGGAUCCUGUGGUCUUCCAUAUGGGCAAGUGUCCCAUCCAAACGGAGUUGAGACUGCAUCAGGGAGGUGAAGAUAUUAGGUAGAUUCGCUCUAGCGAGGACCUCUGUAUCAGGGACUUUGUCUUGCCACCUGAUGCCAAGGAGUUUCCUGAGGCACGUUGUGUGAAAAUGAUUCAGUUUCUUUGCGUGACGCUGGUAGACUUCCACGUUUCACAUCCGCAGAGCAAUGUCGAGAUGACUGCUGCGCUAUAGACCUUGCGAGUCUGCCAUUCAUUUCAUCAUCCAUGACGACAGAUCUGGAGAGGGUGCUGCCCAAGUAAGUAAACUUAUCCACCGGGUUGAGACGCUGUCUGCUGAUGAUCAUGUUGGGCUCAACGUAGGGCUUACUGGGAGCUGGCUGAUACAUCAGCUCAGUCUUCUUUGUGUUGCCAAAGUUAUUGCAGGCCUCGGAGAAGAUAUCAAUGCUGUGUUGCAUGACGGCUUCUGAGGCGGCACUGAGAGCACAAUCGUCUGCAAACAGAAGCUCGUUGAUGUUGUUAUGUUUGACCUUGGUUUUAGCUUGAAGCCUCCUAAGGUUGAAGACUGAUCCAUCAGUGCGAAACCGGAUUGGCAAGCCCCUGGUGGAGUCCUUGAACGCAUCAGAUAGCAUUGCAGAAUACAUAGUACUGAAGAGUGUGGGAGCAAGUACAUAGCCCUGCUUCACACCGUUUGUGAUGGGGAAGCUUGAGAUGACUGACCGUUGUCUUGCACUCAGGCCAUCAUGCAGCUGACGGAUGAUGUUGGUGACCUUGUCUGGGCAUCCGUACUCCUUCAUGAUUUUCCACAGGCCACCUCUAUUGACCCUGUCAAAAAGCCUUAUUCAAGUCGAUAAAUGAAUAUAGGUCUGUAUUUUGCUCCUGACAUUUCUCUUGAAGCUGCCUAGCAGCAAACACCAUAUAGAUAGUUCCGUGUUUUUUGCAGAAACCGUAUUGACUUUCAGGUAGGAGACCUAGCUCCAGAUGUGCAUUCAGGCGGUUCAGAAGGGCUCGGGCCAAGAUCUUGCCUGCAAUGGACAGCAGUGAAAUUCCUCGGUGAUUGUCGCAGGCCUGGCGGUUUCCUUUGUGUUUGUACAGGUGGAUAAUCAAGGCAUCCUUGAGGUCUUGUGGUACAGCUUCCGUCUGCCAGAUGAUCUGGAAUAGACGCAAUAGCUUAUCCAUCAGCGCUGGUCCACCCUCUUUGUAGAUUUUGGCAGGAAUCAUGUCGGAGCCGGAUACUUUGCCAUUGGACAUUUGGCUGAUUGCUGUCUGUAUCUCAUCUAAAGUUGGGAUGGCGUCCAGUGACUUGUUCGUUGGGACCUGGGGCAGUCUUUCAAUCCCCUCGUCAUUAAUGUUGGAAGGCGUAUUGAGCACACUAUCAAAGUGUUCCGCCCGUCUUUCCAAGAUUUUCUCCUUGUCAGUAAUGAGUGUAGAACCAUCUACACUAAGGAGGGGGGGGAGAGCCUGAGGUGGCAACUCACAGAUUUAUCUCAGGCCACGGUAGAAGUUUUUCAUGACAUAUGCUACAGUUUCAGUUAUUAGGCAGCAACUUCGGCCAUUAUUAAUAUUUAACCAGUUAAUUAGUUAUUAGACUAAGUCACAAUUAUUAUUACAGUUAGUGGACGUAGUCUUAUAUAGUAUAGUGCUGUCCCCUGGGCUGGGCUCACAGAGCUUUACAUAAAAAUAUUAGCAAAAAUAAUCAUGACAUUGAUUAAAAAGGUUACAUUCAUUAAUUAAAAAACGGCGUUAUAAAAAAAUAUUCACCCCGCCCACCCCAGAACUAUUUACAUGUCAAGCCAUGGAAGACAUCGUUUAUUGGUCUGAAGUAGGAGUGUGGGAAUCUGUCGGGAUAGUAGUUUGAAGAGAUGUGUCUUGAGUGCAGUUUUGAAGGCCUGGAUGGUUAGUAUAUUGCAGAUAUGUAGCUCGUAGGAGAGAAUUGUUUGGCGGUGCAGAAAGAGAAAGAUCAUUCACCGUAUGUUUUAGUACGUGUCUUGGGAACCCCUGCAGACAUGCAUAUUCUUUAUGAGUGAAGCUGUUGAAGGGGCUUAGACAGAAAGAAGUUAAGUUUGAUAGGAAGGGCAGGAAUCUGAGAAAAAGUUGCGGCAGAGAACAGUUUGUAAUCAAUGCAUGCUUGUAUAGGGAGCCAAUGAAGUAGUGGAGUGACGUGAUCACAAUUUUUGCCUUUAGAACUAACCUAGGGGAAUUCUUACUACUAGUGUGCCACAUCCCACCUUAUUGAAAGAAAUUUGUCUUGUAGUGCUCUGAUAUUACAUUAAUUAUUUUAGGCUUAGGCCUCUUUAACAGGGGGGGGGGGGGGGUACCUUUACCUUCUUAAGUUAAGAUUAUUUUUUUUUUUAGCUUAAAAUGUAGGUUACCUUUUUACUAUUUGACAUUGGGCAAAUUGGGUCCUAUAUGACUAUAUUAUAUGCCUAUAUUAAUAUUACACUUAUUAGGCCUGUGCUGAUGAUUGUCCAUUCAUGAAAUAUUGAGAAGAUGUAGGCUAUUAAUUAAAGUAGUACAAGGCAUGAAAGAAACUGGCUGAAUGCCUUAAUCCACAAAAACAAUAAUUAAGAACACUGAGAGUCAGACAAAAAUUACUUGGCAUAGUAGACAUAGACCAUAAGACUAAGUCAGGCCUAAUUGAAUUGAUAGAUUUAUGCUUAAACAGGUAAAGCACCUAAGUUACGCCAGUAGCCAUAGGCUAAGAGAAGGCCUAAUAUAAAAUAUUAUAUUCUAUUAUUGUCAGUUGUAGUUUGUAAAUUUGAUUUUAAAAAGUCAAACAAUGCCCAGUCACCACCAAUGACAAGACAAUAAAUGUAAUGUAAAUUGUUUGGAUUGGCAUUAUUCAUCACAUUGGCAUUGGGGAGGCGCAUUUUAUCAAUAUUUAGCCCUAGAAAUUUGUUAUUUUUGAAAAUAUCUAACAAUUGCUGAUGAUUGUCAUCUUUCUUCAUGAUAUUAAUCAAGUAUUUUCUUGGUCUUGUUUCCACUGGAUAACAACCUGAAAUAUUUUGAUAUAGUUAGCCUCUUCAUUUGUUAAGUGGUAAUUCUAUUACCUGGGUUGAAAUACUAUUUGCAUUUUAGUAAUAGGUAACUACUAAUGUGAGGUGUUUUUAUUAAAAUAACUUAAUACUGCUAUGUGUAGACAAUUAGGCCUUCAGGUUUUUUUGUCUUUUUAAAUUAAUUUAUUGUAAGUUUUUAUUUUAGUGGAACUGAAAUUAUGGUAAGGUAGCAGGUAGUGGUGUGAAAUAAAUCACAGACGUGAAUAACAUAAGGCCUAAGAUUCAUCUCGAAACAGAAUUAUUAAGUUAAAAGCCAGUUAUUUAAAAUAUUUAAUCAUAAGUAUCCUAGACCUGUAUAAUAUUUUCAGCUAAUUAUAAAAGCUAUUAUUUUAGCCUUAUGAAAAUAUGAUAUGAAGCAAAGUCAUGAGAUUUUGAAGUUUUUACUUUAAAAUAUUGUUGUUAUAUUUUUAUAAGUGAUGACCUAUCAACAUUAAAUUUUGUCUGCAUUACUCAAAAUCUUACUAUAUUACUGUUGGUGUUAUCAGUUUAAGAAAAAAAAAAGAAAACUUGUCAAAUUAAUUGCUGACAUUUGAAAGGACAUUGUCUCUUCUUAAAUUGACAGUUUUAUUAUAAAAAUGUAUGACUUAUUUUUCAGACUUAGAAUGGAGGAUCAUUUAUGUUGGUUCUGCAGAAAGUAUGGAAUAUGACCAAGUGUUGGAUACCAUCUUAGUUGGUCCUGUACCUGGGGGAAAGCAUAUGUUUGUGUUUGAGGUAUUCAGAAUUUUUUUUUUUAAUUUACAUGUUACUUAUUUGUUUUUAAUGUAAAAUGUUUUAAAUGUAUUAAAAAAAAACUAUUAAAAAAACGUUUCAUUAUUGUAAUUGUUGCAGAUACAUUUCCUUGUUUUAAUUACUGAAUGAGUAAUUGUAUUAAUUAUAGGCUGAUCCUCCGGAUGUGAAGAAAAUCCCAGUGGAUGAUAUCAUGGGGGUCACUGUUGUUUUGUUGACCUGUUCAUACAGAGGGAAAGAGUUUAUACGUGUUGGCUAUUAUGUGAACAAUGAAUAUGAUGACCCAGAACUAAAAGAGAAUCCACCUGCUGAAGUUCAAUACAAUAAGGUGUGUAAGAUUUCUUUUAAAAAUUUGCCUUUUGUUAUAUUGUAAAAUCUUGGCUCUUCUGUUACAUUUUUCAUGGCAUACAGGCAGGGCUUUAAAAAAGAUUUUAUUUUAAAAAUGAACUACAAAGUAUAGAAUAAUUUCAUACCAUUGAUUUGUUAGCUUUACUUGGUUUAGGCCAGCGUUUCCCAAAUGCCGGGCGCCACCUGGUACCGGGCCACAAAAGCAAAAUUACCUGGUCAAAGAAAGAAAAAAAAUACAUCUGAAAAUCUUGGUUAGAUUAUCGUGACGUACUCAUUUACUCAUGAAUAAAUUUUUGUUAAGUUCGAUUUCUUUACAUUCUUGUAGUGUUUAAUACUUUAUUAUAAUAUAGGAAAACUGGACAUUCAUAUUUGUUGUAUAUUUCCUAUAAGCCAGUAUAGGCGAUACAAAUGUUUAUGGGUCAAGAAGGAGACGUAAAAAAAAUAAUCGGGUCGUUAAAACAAAAGUUUGGGAAAUACUGGUUUAAGCUAUUCACUCAAUAUUUUUCAUCCCAAAUAUGAAAUAAAUCUUGUCAUAUAUUCAUUAGUAUUAGUAAAUAGCUGUAUUGAGUACCCACAACUUUUAUUUCAUAUUAUCAGCAGUCUUAUAUUCUACACAAUCAUUUCAUGAAGUUCAGUACAAGCACUGACUUUUACUCUCUUUUGAUUACACUUUGUUAAAAAGUUUCUACUUUUUUAAUUAUAGUGAGAAUUUAAAUUGAUUUGAACUAACUUAAAAUUAAUAAAUUCAUAAAUAUAUAAUUUAUGAAAAAUUAUAUUAAAAAAAUUCUUCACCAAAACUACUAUUAUAAAUUUCCUAUUGUACAUUUUAUCAAAUUCUUCCCUCUAUUCUUAAUAUUGUUAUACAUGCAGCUUAAAGAAAUUAUGUUUUUUUCCAGCUUACAAGAAACAUAUUAUCAUCAGAAGUCAGAGUUACGCGAUUUACAAUUCCCUGGCACGACACAAAGGCAUCUACUGAGGAGGGAGAACAAAAGAUCGAAGAAGAUACACCAGCAUCAACUGAAAUGCCUGCGCCUAAAAUCUCAGAAGAAUUCGAAGCAAGAAUAGCCCAAGAUCUAGCUUACGAAAGGGCAGAGCGUGAACGUAUGACUAGCAAGAUACCAAUGACAGAUCCAGGCAACAUAUACCCACAAGAUGACAUUCGAUUUUAUCAUUCUGAGGAUUCAUCAAGUUUGUGUAUGCCUUGAACGCUUUGUCUUGUUUGUUUGCAUUUGUGAAUAUUUAGUAGCUAGCUGUACAAGUACGUCCGAUGUUAAAUGAUACUGGUGAAAGUUAUGUGUGGUAACCAAAGAAUGUAUUUUUUUCUUAUCCAUUUACUGUCUCAAUCGAUGUGAGAAUUUAAGUUUAGAUAUUCAAAAAUUACCUUUUUUUAUUUUUUAAAAAAUAUUAAACUAUUAGGCUUUUGGGGUUGCUAGACGCUAAAAAUGUAGAGAUGUACUUAAUUAAACAGUCGCAAAAGUUAAGCAUAAUAGAGACUCUCCCCACCAUGCGAAUGAGUUACAUUCGGAAAGACAGUUUUUACCAUGAAUUUGUUCUUAGGUAAAAUGUUACAAGGUUCACUGUUGAUUACAUCUAUAUCCUAAAGAUGUUCGUGAGAUAAGAACUAUAAGUACUAUCAAUGAAACAAAAGCACUAAAACAAAUAAAUAAUAACUUAAAUAGAACGUUUUAAAUGAAGAAUUACUGUAUUAUACAGAGUCGUGUGUCGAACGGGUGAGGAGGAGGCAGUAAGUUAGAGCUAGUUAGGUAUUCCCAACUCUCCAUUUGUGGCAAAAUGUGAGAUCGCAGUACGCAUCGUGUAAACUCGUUCGAUGGAUUCUGUUUGUUAGAGAGCCCAAAAUGCAGCCGGCAUGCACGUUGAUGAAUUCUUGAUCAGAUGAAUGUUCCUUUCCAAUGCCCAACCUUUUCCACAGUUUUAAAAAAGAAUAUGAAACUCAAGUGUUUGGUCAAACUUUAUCUUGGCUUGCAUUUUUAAGGUAUUGAUUCCCCC